AUGGGUGAGGCCUCGGACCAAGGUUGGCCUGAGGCCCUGGGAAUGGGAAUGAGUGAGAUCGGGGGCCGGGCCGGAGGCAGAGGCCGGCCUGGGCGCUCCCGGCUAUGUGGGGUGGAGCCAGCACCAGAACUCAAGGACUUCUGGGCUCAUUUGCUAUGGUUUCAAGCUUGGAUCUGGAGCUCCCUCCAAAAGUCCCCAGCUCCUUCACCUCCUGCCGGGCCUCGGCUCCCAGGGGCACCACCAGCCCUCUUCGUCUGGCCAUCGCAGUACGAAGGCGGGUGCUCUCCUGUUUCCUCCCUAAUGUGA